UAGGAAGAGGAAUCACAAUAAUAAACCUGAUGAAACUAGAGGAAAUGCGGUAGUAAAGUGCACCUAUAUUGGGGCAACUGGUUAUUCGGUUUAGUGAGUUCCAAGUGAGAAUCUCUGUCUGUCGUAAGUUGUUUGAAGAUUCUGAGAAGUUUACUACACACGGUGGAUAUGGCAGCAAAGGGGACAUUAUCACUCCUGGCUCUUGUGGCCAACCUGUACCUGCUUCUGCCAUACGGGCUGUGCUGGAAUCAACAUGAACGAGUGUUGCUGAGGGAUAUCCAGGCACUCACACUUUAUGCUGACAGAUAUACUAAUGCCCGCCGCAGUGCUCCGAUCCCACAGAUGAAAUGCAUCGGAGGAAGCGCUGGGUGCAGUGCAGUGGUGCCACAAGUCGUGCAGUGUUAUAACAGAGGAUGGGAUGGCAUUGAUGUCCAGUGGGAAUGCAAAUUGGACAUGGAAAACUCGUACCGUUUUGGUAAAGUGGAAGUAAGCUGUGAAGGAUUUGAUUACCCUGAAGACCCCUAUAUUCUCCGUGGCUCUUGUGGGCUGGAGUACACCCUUGAGCUCACGGAUCAAGGAAGGAAGAGAUCUCAGGAUGGGAACAGCAACACUGGUUUUGGUUCUGGCUUUUUCCAAAGUCAGUCCAAAGGUUGGAACAGCCAAAGCUCCUCUGAUUCUAGCGGUGUUAUUGUCUUUGUGGUAAUCUUGUUGCUGGCAUAUGGAGUUUACAAGCUGUUCCUAAAUGGGCCAAGCAUGGGACAGCAGCCUCACUCUGAUGACAAUGGGCAGGGCUUUCAAAGCCCGCCUAACGCCCCUCCCCCACCUGGCUUCAAAUCAGACUUUACAGGAUCAUCAGCAGGUUUUGGAAACUCUGGGUUUGGCAGUAAUUCUGGCUUUAGUGGAUUUGCUGGCAAUUCUGCGUUUGGUGGUCAAGCAAGCCAAGGGCCUGGUUUCUGGACCGGUUUGGGAACAGGAGGAAUGUUGGGAUAUUUGUUUGGUAAUCGAAGGGCCCAACCUUACCAGUCACCCUUUUACAACACUUGGAGCAGUCCUUCAUAUUCAGGCGCCAUGCAUGGAAACUCGCAGCCAUUCAGUGCUCCGACAAGCUCAGGAGUGAGGACAGCUUCAGGCUUUGGAGGUACAAAAAGAAGAUAGAAUAUCUAAAGUGGGAAUGAAACUGGACAAUGGAACCACAAGAACAGAAACCUCUUUCUAUUCCAGAUUAGCAUGAAAAUUUGAAUAAGGGCUACAAUGAAUCACAGGCCCUUCGCAUCCGUUUUCUUUUAUUCAGAUUAAUUAACAUACAUAAGUAAUACAGAGUGUGUUUACUGAGA